GGAUCUAUCAUAAAAUUAAAUAAUGCUGGUUGUAGAAAAAUAAUAACUUCGGCGGUCAGACAAGGCAGUGCAGAAAAAGUGUGAAAAUGAGUGGUUUAUUUCGACGGGUCGUCGUGGGGAUGUCAGGGGGUGUGGACAGUUCUGUGGCAGCCCUUUUGCUUAAGCAAAAAGGAUUUGAAGUGCAUGGGCUAUACAUGAAAAACUGGGAUGGCCACGAAGAAUCAGGCUUUUGCCACGGUGAAAAAGACGCUGAAGACGCUGAAUGGGUUUGCAAAAAGUUGCAGAUCUCCCUCAAACAUGUCAACUUUGUCAAGGAAUACUGGAACUUCGUGUUUUCCGACUUGAUUAAAGAAUAUUCUGAGGGUUGGACACCAAAUCCAGAUAUCCUCUGCAAUAGAUUCGUUAAAUUUGACUGCUUUAAAAAACACGCUUUCCGUCAACUUGGCGCUGAUGCAAUCGCCACUGGUCACUAUGCCAACACUUCUCAUGGCAGCUUUCUACAAAACUACUCAAAAAGUGAUGAUGUGCGAUUACUGCUGCCUACAGAUUUGGUUAAAGAUCAAACAUUGUUUUUGAGCCAAGUCCACCGAGAAGACCUAAAGAAAGUUAUGUUUCCCUUGGCGAAUCUUAAAAAGUGCGAGGUCAAAAAGAUCGCUGAGCAGAAUGGACUAGAGCGAAUUGCCAAAAAGGAAGAGAGCACUGGAAUCUGUUUUAUUGGAAAUCGCAAGUUCCAAAUUUUCAUUGAUCAGUACCUGAAUCCUGUGCCUGGCAAGUUUGUUGAUAUAACGACCCAUGAGCCAGUCGGAGAACAUACAGGCAUCCAUCAUUACACAAUUGGUCAAAACUGCAAGUUGCCUGGAAGGAAACACUCUUAUUUUGUAGUUGAUAAAAAUAAGGACACCCAGCGCAUUUUAGUGGCUCCAGGAACGAAUCAUCCUUCGUUGUAUUCUGACUUAUUCUUUACAACCGAGCCGCACUGGAUAAGCCAGCAGGUGGACAGCCAGUUGUCCGAAGGAGUUCUGAAAUGCAAGUUUAGGUCCCAGAACACGAAUGCUUUGCUUGACUGCUCAAUCUGCAGAACGCAAAGCAACACCCUCACAGUUAAACUGAACACCUUCCUCAGGGGCUUCGCACCUGGACAGUUUGCUGUGUUCUACUUGGGGGAUGAGUGCCUUGGCAGUGCCCGCAUCAGGGCAGUAGGACCUUCUCUCUACCUGCAAGGCAUGGAGUUCAGCCAAGAAAUAGCCACGACUGACCCAGAGCUGAAAUCAGUGCUCGCCUACCAGUGAAAUGUGAUAGCUAAGACUCCCAUUUUUACUGAUUUGCAUUAAAUUUUAUUAAGUUACAA